CAUCCUUUACCCUCCGUCUGCAUCACAUCAGCUUGUGCGAAUUUGGAUAUUUUUAAGCCAUUGCGAAACGUGUUAACGUACUGGUUAAUACUUGCCCUCAUCCCAUAUAAUCUGACUCCCACCAGCCUCGUGCGACUGGGACCCUCCGAGUCCACCUGCCCCUCCCUCAACAAUCACAACCACCAUGUCACGCCAUCGCGUAAAGGCUGUAGCCUACGAUGAUGACGAUGACUUUGACGAUGGAUAUGACUCUCCAGAUCCCGAAGAACAAGAAGUUCUCGAACAGUGUACUGCAGAGGUGUUGAGCCAACUCCGUGCGGGGGUACCUUCUGUUACGGCAACGCGGGAUGAAGUCCAGGAAGCACUAUGGCAUUAUUAUAACGAUGUGGAGAAGUCUGUGAACUACUUGAGAAAUAAGAAAGCCAAGGACAUAAAGAAGGAGAGUGCGUCUGCUACGGCGGCGAAGACGAAAGGAAGUACAGUGCCUGCAUACCCUAUACCGUUUGAUAUGACUACUCAAGAACCGCCACACUUCUCCGCCGCAGACUUCUUCCGUGACUCGCCGUGGCUCAAUGUCCCGGCGCAUCGCAAGGCCGAUAUUCUCAUAGAGCCGCUUUAUCCUCGGCUUGGGCUGCUCGGUGGGGCUCCUGAAUCUGGAGGGAAAGUUUCAAAGCUGGCUGCUUUGGCUGCUGCUCGUAAGAAAAAGGAGGGCGACAAGGCUUCACCUGCGCCUGCGCAAAGUACAGAGCCUGAUAAGGCGCAGACGCCUCCAACUGAGCAAAAAAGUGCCUCUCUGUCUCUCCGUGAAAGGCUCGCUGGCAAUGGAAAACUACAAAAGACCGAUGGUGCUCAGUCACCUCGUCCUUUGGGAAAGUUGUCCCGCCUCGGGAGUCAUUCGCCGCAGAAAAGGCCAUCUCCAGAGCCAACCAAGCAGAAUGGGGCGCUGCAGGUCAACCAAGUGACUGUACAAAAAGAGAGCCCUGCAGAGCCCCCGAUGAGUAAGGAGGAGAACGAGCAGCCUGCUGCCAAUAUCCGCGCCUCUCCUUCUACAUUUGCUAGCGCUAUCGUUGGGGGUGCCACGCGACCAAAGAUGACCGAGCCCAGCCCCUUGUACUCGAAUUCUUUGGACCUUUUGACAAUAUACGGACAAAACCUUACUGAAUCAUUUGAUUUCACAGGCCCAAGCCCAGAUGAUGUCGUCUUGAAUGCACAGAGCUCUGCAAAAGGCUUCAAGUCGAAACAACCUGCUUCUAAGGCGGCUGAUGAUAAGAAAAACAAAACCGAUCUGGCAGGUAGCAUGAAUGACCUAAGCGUCGCAGAGAAAGUGACUGUCAAGAGCAAGAACCUAGACGUUUUAUCUGAGUAUCAAAAAUCGAAGCGGAAGAAUGCCAUGAACUUUGCAGUUAUCGGUCAUGUCGACGCGGGAAAAAGCACGCUUAUGGGUCGCUUACUGGCUGAUCUAAAGGCAAUAGAUCAGCGUACCCUUGACAAGUAUCGGCGAGAAGCUGAGAAGAUAGGCAAAGGCUCCUUUGCCCUUGCCUGGGUGCUGGAUCAGGGCUCCGAGGAGAGAGCACGCGGUGUCACCAUCGAUAUCGCAACUAACAAGUUUGAGACAGGGAAGACGGUCUUCACAAUUGUAGAUGCUCCUGGUCACCGAGAUUUCGUGCCGAACAUGAUAGCUGGCGCUAGCCAGGCCGAUUUCGCCGUUCUCGUUAUUGACUCUAGCACCGGAAACUUCGAGUCCGGCUUGAGGGGUCAAACUAAGGAGCAUGCUUUACUGGUGCGGAGUAUGGGUGUUCAAAGGAUCAUCGUGGCUGUGAAUAAAAUGGACUCCGUACAAUGGAACAAAGACCGAUACGAAGAGAUCGAGCAGCAGGUUUCAUCUUUCUUGACCACUGCGGGGUUCCAAGCCAAGAAUAUUGCCUUUGUGCCAUGCUCAGGUAUAAGUGGAGAUAAUGUCACCAAGCGAAGCGAGGACCCAAAUGUGUCGUGGUAUACGGGUCACACCCUGAUCGAGGAACUUGAGGCUACAGAGCCCUACUGUCAUGCCCUCGACAAGCCGUUGCGAAUGACCAUUGGUGAUGUCUUCCGUGGGAGCGUGCAAAACCCCCUUUCGAUCUCUGGCCGCAUUGAUUCUGGUAGCUUGCAAGUGGGUGACCAAAUUCUCACAAUGCCUAGCGGCGAGACGGCAGCUAUUCGAAGUUUGGAAGUGGAUGGGGAACCAAGCGACUGGGCUGUAGGAGGCCAGAAUGUUGUCCUCAACCUUGCAAACAUCGAUCCUAUCCACCUGCGUUCUGGCGAUGUGAUCUGUCGUGCUUCUGCGCCAAUCCCCAAUAUAACCUCAUUCACAGCCAAGGUGCUAGCAUUUGAGCAUCUGACGCCCAGUAUGGUAGAUAUUCAUCGGGGACGCCUUCACGUACCUGGACGGAUCAGUCGACUGGUUGCUACGCUGGAUAAAGGCUCUGGUACCGCCAUCAAGAAGAAGCCCAAGAUUAUUGCGCCGGGAGCAGUGGCACGCAUUAUUGUGGAAAUGGAUCAAGCUGUGCCUCUAGAAGCACCCACAAGAAUUGUUCUUCGGUCUGGAGGUGACACAGUAGCAGCCGGGUUGUUGGAAUAAGUGAUCUUUGUGCAGGUUUGACCUGCGCUCAAGUCGAUAUAUUGUGAUUAAAGACCUAUAUAUACGUACUUUUGGAAAUCAAGACCACAAUUACUGUGUAUCAUCGUUGCGAGAUUGGUCGUUGCCACUGCCAAGCAGAUAGGAAGCCCAAAAAAGAAACAUAGGGCUACAAUGCAAUGUUCUAGCAAGAGCCUAUUGUUCAUAUCUCUAUGCCAAUAGAUGCCCCCCAAAACACUAUGAAUUGUACAGAAACCACGGGAGCAUCUUCAGCUUUUACGGAGAAAUAGCUCGGAGAAUUGUAAUACCACACAAUAUCAAAAGGUGGAGUAAAU